AUGCUUCAGAUUGAAGAACUUAACACUGGCAGGAAGGAAGUAGAAUCGCCAGAUUCAUCAAUGGAUUCCCUUGCUAGUGGGUUAGAAGAGGAGGAGGCUUCGAGAACUCCAGAAUCCGAGUUAUCAAAUUCACCGGAAGAUGUUCGCGCCUACAUGCGGAAGGAGGAAUUAUCAGAAAGUCAGGAAAAAGAAUUACCGAAUUCACCGGAGAACAACGUUGUCGGCAUUCGGAAGAAAGAAAAAACAUCAGAAAAUCCGGAAGGAGAAUCGCCAUUUUUAUCGAAAGAUUCCCGGGCCAAAGGGCCAAAAAAAGAAUUCAGAAGCCUGAAAAAUGAUAAGUCGAAAGAUAAUUCUGUGGACGGAGUGGACGAGAAGAAAUCAAAAAGCCCGGAAAUGAAGUCAUCUGACUUACCAAAAGAGCAAAUGCAAAAUGUGGAAGCAUCAGGAGGUUUGGCGAAUGAUGAAAAGGUUAGAUUUGCUUGGGAUUCAGAUAAAAAUUAA